AUGCAGACGUCGCAAGUGUAUGCGAUCGACCGCGUAUAUCGCGACCUGCAGCCGCAGUUUGUGGCCAAGGACGUGCUCAAGGCGCUGUCUCAGCUGGACACUGUCGUUGGGGAUGUAUUUAACCGCCUUCUUCAUAAAGUUUCGCAGGAGAAAGACCGUGUGGCUGCCGUAGACGCGCGGAUCCAAGUGUGCCAAGCCAAAGUGAACGCUUUGACGGCACGACGUACCAGUAACAAACCCACGACCGUCUUCUCUACCUCCAAGUAUCCAGCACCAAAGAAUUUACCUCUGUCUAAGACGCUGUUCUAUGACAAGCCGUACGCCGACGCGCCGCCACUGGUGCCCGAUGCAGACGAUGACACACACUUUUUACCGGCAGAGCCGCUGCCUCCGGCACAAAGAGGUCAAUAUAUGGCCGAAGUGGUGGAGAUUUUUGAGAAAGUGAAUGAGUAUCAGAAGACGCAGCAACCAGAGGCUGAUAUGGAAAAGGAGGGACUCGGUAGAUUGCCUGAGUACAUCCCAUCAGUCGGCAGUGUGCUACUGUUUAAUUCAGGAGAGAACCCAUACCAGAAGUAUACGUCAUGGGACAACUUGUUAGGCACGGAUUAUGAAGAGGAAGAGGAGAAACAAAAAGAGUUGGCCAAGGCACCGCGGACUAUCGAGUAUGGAGACGAACUGCCGGCAGUUCAUGGACUCAACUAUGAAUUCCAUCCGUCAAUGGGUAUUAUGCCAGAUAUGUCGGCAAAAUUGCCUACAAACUUACCGCUGGAGAAUAUUGCUGACUACAAGUACGCACAAGAGGGCAAUACGUCGAUCGCGCCUUCGAUGUUUCAGGACAAAAUACUGCCUGACUUGCCUGCGAUCGCGAACUUUGCCGAUGGACCUGCAGCUCAAGAGCCAUCGAAGCAAAACUUUCAGGUUGGGCCAGUGGAAAGCGCUCCUCCACCUCCUCCACCAGCGCCCGCCGUGGACUUCAAAACAGGUGAUGAUGGUGCCCCGCCCCCACCCCCACCCCCGCCGCCGCCCCCACCACAAAGAGACGAGGAAGAUGAUGCGGCCCCGCCUCCGCCUCCACCACCCAUGAACAGUGAGGACGAGGACACACCACCACCUCCUCCGCCACAAGAGGACGGACCCCCUACGCCGCCAGCUCCGGAAGAAAUAGACAACCAACCACCGGUCACCAGCUUGUUGGAUCAGAUCCGAAACCCGAAGCUCAAGCUCCGAAAAGUGGGCCCGAGUGAAAACAAGGCCGACCCUGUUGCGAAGACGGCAGACAACGCUAACAAACCACUGACUAUUGCUGAAGAAAUGCAGCAACGAAUGCUGCGGCGGCAGGCUGCGAUUAGUGGCAAGCAAGACCAGAUGGAGCAGAGACGUGAGCGAGAAAAGGCUUCUGCGAAGCCGGUAACAGUACUGACUGCAAAGGAAAUGACCACACCGGCUCAGCCACCACCACCCCCGCCUCCGUCUGACGGCGGACAGCAAUACGGUAAAUUGCCUACAUUGGCCAUGUCAGACGAUGGUAGCGAUGAUGGCCCCGAGCGCUUUGGAGACGAUGACAAGUCCACUGAUGGUGACGACUUCCUGGCACAAAUCCGGAACAUUAAGAGAAAGCAGGACGAAGGUGGUCUAACUGCUGCUGCUACUUCCAAGCAGCCGCCAUCGCUUUCAAAGACUGAAGAAAUCAAGAACCCGGUGGCGAAUUUCGAAUCGCAAAUGGUUGGACUACGAAAUCGUGACGAUUCGCUGAGUCUAUCAGAAGCUUCGGACUGGUCAGAUGACUAA